UUUGGCUUUUUGCAUGUCAAAGUGGGGCCGUUGAUCGGUAUAUAAAAUGUGCAGCGAUCUCCUAGUGCAUUAUCAGCGAUCCGUCCACUCGAAAACCUACAAGAUGUUCCAUAUUGUUGCAUUCUGGGCCUUUGCAGCCUGCCAACUCUUCGCCGCCAAUGGUCAGGUGGCUGUUCCUGUAGCCGCUCCUGUUGUCACCGCACGUAGCAGCCAAUACUUCGCUCAAACUCACAGCGCUCUCGCCGCCCCAUUGGUCCAACCAGUCGCUCCAGUAGCGCAAUACUUCGCUCCUUCCGCUGCUUCUGUUAGCCAAGUGACUCGCUAUGCUCAAUAUCUGGCUGCUCCCUACCUCCUGCCAGCUCCUCUUCUAGCCAGUCCUGCAGUGGCGCCUCUGGUGGCCACCAGCCCCGUGGCAGCCCCCGCACCAGCCCCUCAACAGCCCCCCAACAAUCCGGACGCUGAAGCGGUGGAAGUGGAGUCUGCUCGGCUCAGAGCCGCUCCCGCUCAGCAAGCAGGCAAAGCCCAGCCGCUUAGGGCUCAGAAACAACAGGUCGCCCUCCUAGUCCUGGUGGCAGUGGCAUGCGUGGCAGCCGCCCCUAAACCCUCCGUCCCUGUGCUGGCUCCGGCUAUAGUGACCGCCCAAAGUUCCCAGGUGAUCGCCCGCAACUACAACGCUUUGGCCGCACCUCUAAUCGCUCCAGCACCAAUUGUACGGGCGGCUCCUGUUCUCGCUCCAGCUCCUGUUGUUCGGGCGGCGCCCUUUGCUGCUCCCUACUGGGCCGCCCCUGCUCCAUAUCUAGCCAACCCUUACGCCGCACCCUUGAUCUACUAGGAUGGCACGUAGUGAAUUUUAAUGUGAUUGUAAAUAGGGAUUUUUGUAAAUAGAUCGGGUAUAUACUGA